AUGUCUUCGGAGCCAGCAGUGGAUGCCGACACCGGCAGGAGAGGCCUCAAGAAGCCGCGUUCGUUCAGCAUCGAGGACAUCCUCUCCAGCCCAGCACAGAAGAGCCCUCAGGUCCUGGUCCCACUGUGCCUGCGGGGCAUCUUGGACUGCGCACCCAAGGGACUGUGUGAGCUGGAGGCCAUCCCAGCCAGCUCCCUGCAGGAGGAGGAGGAGGAAGAGGAGGAGGAGGAAGAGCUGGAAGGUGCAGGUUGCAACUGCUGCUGCUGUUCUCACACGAGCGCCCGUUCCCUGCAGGACUCGCCAAGUUGGCUGGACGCCCGGUUCCCCUGGCCCAUGCGGCUCUUCCACUCAGCAGUCAGGGUCUGUACGAGUCCCCAGGGGAACCCGAGCGAGCUGCAGACUUUCCACCAGAUCCAGCGCCGGACGCGCCGGCACCGCACCAUAUUCACCGAGGACCAGCUGCAGGCCCUGGAGACACUUUUCCAUCAGAACCAGUACCCGGACGUCAUCACCCGCGAGCACCUGGCAAACCGCAUUCACUUGAAGGAGGAGAGGGUAGAGGUUUGGUUUAAAAACCGGCGGGCCAAGUGGCGGCAUCAGAAGAGGGCAUCUGCUUCAGCACUGAUUCUUCAAGGCACCAAGAAGCCCUCUGAGGAGAACUGUUAG